AGUAAAAAAUAAACCAAGUGUCCUUUUUCAUUGCUAAAACCUGUCUUAAUUUAUCAACGCAAUCAGAAUUGUCCAAUAUUUUUCGUCACACAGAAAUGUUUCUUUUUAAACCAACCACGUAGCAGCCUCCUUGGUGAUGGGCGUGGCCUAUUUACAACCUCAACAACAACUUUACUUUUUCCUCCUGUGAGGGUGUUGUGCUGUAGGCGGUAGGAGGCAUUUUAUGCCGAAACUUUAGCCUGCCUGAGUUUUCUGGAGCCCACACUGGGAGAAAAGUCCACUGUUGGAGGAUUUCCAGAUAUUUCAACCAAAAGAAGGGACGGGCUCUCAGUUGUAACCUCUGCUCCUCCGUUUAGGUGUUCUAGACAGCAGAGACGGGGUAAAAAAGGUUUUUAUUUCCAAGCAGUAUGGAACUGUCACUGGUUCACCCAGCUAUCAAAGCCUUCAUGUGUGGCUCCUUCAGUGGGACCUGCUCCACCCUGCUCUUCCAGCCUCUUGACCUGGUCAAGACCCGCCUGCAGACCUUGCAGAGUGGCAUGCAGCCUGGGUCAGGCCGAGUCGGAAUGAUGUCGGUGCUCCUCGGUGUGGUGCGGACAGAGCGGCUGCUGGGCCUGUGGAAGGGUGUUUGCCCGUCUUUUGUCCGAACCAUCCCAGGAGUGGGAAUCUACUUCAGCUGCUAUUACUCCCUGAAGCAGCACUUCUUUCAGGAUAAAAUGCCGGGAGCUGGGCAGGCUGUGAUGCUGGGAGGGGGAGCUCGGACCGUGGCAGGUGUUGCGAUGCUGCCGAUAACUGUCAUCAAGACACGUUUUGAGUGUGGCAGGUACAGCUAUGUCAGUGUGAGUGGGGCCCUGCGCAGUGUGUGUCAGAACGAAGGUCCUGCAGCUCUGUUCUCCGGACUCAUGGCCACUCUUCUCAGAGAUGUUCCUUUCUCUGGGAUCUAUGUCAUGUUUUACAGCCAGACCAAGGCCUCUCUGCCCCAAGAGAUCAGUUCAUCUCCUGCAGCUCCUUUGGCUAACUUCAGCUGCGGGGUUCUGGCUGGUGUUCUGGCCUCUCUGGUCACGCAGCCUGCUGAUGUUGUCAAAACACACGUCCAAGUGCAUCCCCACCUAAGGACAGCAGAGGCCAUCAAAUAUAUCCACUCGGAACAUGGGCUUCAGGGCUUCUUCAGGGGAGCAGUUCCUCGCUGCCUGAGGAGAACCAUGAUGGCCGCCAUGGCCUGGACUUUGUACGAGCAGAUGAUGGCACACAUUGGACUCAAGUCCUGAAGGAAACAUUGAUUAAAAGGGAAGAUAAAAAGCAAGUAUGAAGCGAGCCGAGAAAAGAGCUGCUUCUGUAGAGUCGCUCUUCUGAAGUAGGCAUCAGAGGUUUUCAUUGGCUCUGAAUAUUUCUCUGUCAGCUGAGAAACAGACUGGGGAGCACAGAGAGCAUGCACUAACGUGAUGGUAGAGGUGGCCGACCUGUAUAAAACGUUGCAACAUGCUGGAUUUUUGAGCUAAUGUUGAGAAACCAGACUUGUGCCUUCAAAUAAUAAACAAUGUUUUGUUUUGUUGAUGGACCGUGUUAAAAAGCAGGAGUUGUCACAGGAACUAAUCGACAAAUGAUUUGUUUAAUUUUAGCCCAAAAGUCUUAUUUACCAGAAAUGAAUGCUGAGCUCAUAAAAGAGAUCAAUGAAACAAAACUGAACUCAGGCAGAAAUAUGAACUUCUCAAACCAAUUGACUGAGCAAACAAAACAAUGACCUAACAAAGAAAUAACACAUGAUGGCUGAUAAGACCAUUUCAGCACAAUACCCGAACACAAUAAGAACGACAACAUGGCCGGUUAUUUGUAUUAAUAAAAAACCAAGCAUAAAUGUACAAACCAUAAUGAAUGAAGGUGCAUGAGGGUUACUGAUUUAAAUGUAGUGGGGCAAUCAUAGUGUUGCCUUAGAAAUUGGAAAAAUCUGUUGAGUCCAGCGUCAGCUGGGAAGUAUUGGUACUGGAAUCAUUCACACGUUGGAAAGGGCUUCAGUAGGAAUUCCCAAGUCUGUUUCGAGCCAGAACACUGAGGCUGCAGAGUCCAUUACCCUUAAAGUGGACUAGAAAAUGAAUCAUUUAACUUGCCUGGAAAGACAAUGACUUUUAUUUUUUGUCUUAUUAAUUUCUUUUUGGGGCAAAAUGAGGUGUUUAAUAAGAUAAAUCAUUAUGCAGUGAAAAUGUUGCCUGGACCUUUUCUUUGGGUAAAUGACUGAAUGCAGCAUGACGGCUCAACAUUUGAGCCUUAGCUGUGAACUUGCUUUGUGAAUAUCCAUGGUUGGGUUUCUGACCCAGACUUUGGAUACAUUUGCAACCAUAAAACUGAUCAUAUGUGAUCCUUUCAUUUGUUCUGAAAAAAUAAAUGGCUUUCAUGAACUGA